GCCGCGGCGGGCGGCUGCGAGGAGCGGCCGGUGGCGGCGGCGACGGUGGCCGGUGGCGGCGGCGGUAGCGGGUAGUGGGCAGCGGGCAGCGGGCGGCCAUGGCGGAGUCGGAGGCCGGCGGCGACGACGCCCGCUGCGUGCGGCUGAGCGCCGAGCGGGCCCAGGCGCUGCUGGCCGACGUGGACACGGUCCUGUUUGACUGCGACGGGGUGCUGUGGCGUGGGGAGACGGCCGUGCCGGGCGCGCCCGAGGCCCUGCGGGCGCUACGGGCCCGCGGCAAGCGCCUGGGCUUCAUCACCAAUAACAGCAGCAAGACGCGCGCCGCCUACGCCGAGAAGCUGCGGCGCCUGGGCUUCGGCGGCCCGGCGGGGCCCGGCGCCGGCCUCGAGGUCUUCGGCACGGCCUACUGCACCGCGCUCUACCUGCGCCAGCGCCUGGCCGGCGCGCCUGCCCCCAAGGCCUACGUGCUGGGCAGCCCGGCCCUGGCUGCCGAGCUGGAGGCCGUGGGCGUCACCAGUGUGGGCGUGGGUCCCGAGCCGCUGCGGGGCGAAGGUCCCGGCGACUGGCUGGCCGCUCCGCUGGAGCCCGACGUGCGCGCGGUAGUGGUGGGCUUCGACCCGCACUUCAGCUACAUGAAGCUCACUAAGGCCGUGCGCUACCUGCAGCAGCCCGGGUGCCUGCUCGUGGGCACCAACAUGGACAAUCGGCUCCCGCUGGAGAACGGCCACUUCAUCGCGGGUACCGGCUGUCUGGUUCGAGCGGUGGAGAUGGCCGCCCAGCGCCAGGCCGACAUCAUCGGGAAGCCCAGCCGGUUCAUUUUCGACUGCGUGUCCCAGGAAUAUGGCAUCAACCCGGAGCGCACUGUCAUGGUAGGGGACCGCCUGGACACAGAUAUCCUUCUGGGCGCCACUUGUGGCCUGAAGACCAUCCUGACCCUCACCGGAGUCUCCACUCUUGGGGAUGUGAAGAGUAAUCAGGAAAGUGACUGCAUGUCCAAGAAGAAAAUGGUCCCUGACUUCUAUGUUGACAGCAUCGCCGACCUCUUGCCCGCCCUUCAAGGUUAAAGAUCUAGUGUCUUUAAUCUCCGGAAUAAAAAAAAAAUUGAAAAUCAGUUACCCAAAUUAAUAGGUGGGACUUAAGCAUGGCUCAGGUGGCCGCAGACUGAAAUUGAAGUUAAGCAAAGGGUGGUAAUUGCUAAUGUUUUAAGUAAACAUUUGGGGGGAGGUGUUGUUUACAGAUGCUUAUAUUUUAAGAUGCACUUUUAAGCUUGGAGGGUAUUGUCAGGUGGGUCUUGGGCUUUGUAUUUGUCAACAAGGGCAGGUAUAGCAUCUGCCCAGGAUUCAGGUUGCCUCAGGCCUUGCUUGUGAGAUUGAGUUGGGUCUAGGGGUGUAUGUCAAGUGUUUGACUGAAAAGCUUAAUUCAGGGAUCAUUACUGAAGGGCAGAGAGGAAAAGGGGCUGACUUGUGACUUCCAAUGUGGACAUGCAGCCCAGAAGCCCGCAGCAGCGUCCAGCUUCACAACUCCGUUGAGUGGAGGAGGGGCUGCUCCUUGACGGUGCCACCCUGUUCUUGGGGUGAGAGGUGCUGCCCUUGCCACUGCGCACUUGCUUCCUUGAAAACCACUUUGAUGUCACAAUUGAAUAUCUGUUCCGUUUCAGAUGUCCAGGACUGCAGCUCUUCACUCUCAGCUGCCCAGUUCUGUUAACUCAGCCCAGCCAAACCUCAGCUGUCUCAAGCGUGCAUUUAAACCCAGGUGACUCAGACUGAGUAUAUGGUAGGCCCAGUGGCCAAGUAGGUGUGGGUGCCAUCACUGAACUCUGGGCUGCUGUAAAGGAAGCUCUGAGCAGCAUUGGUACCAAAAACCACUAUUUUUUAAUUUGUGAACACAUUUGUGAGUGGUGGCAUUGAAUUAUGUAGAUUAAUAGCUGUGCUCUGUCCAUGCCCCACAGCUCAUCUAAAUGCUAGCAGUGUGCUGGCCAAGGAUUUCCUGUCAUACCCUUGGGUAGAGGAAGAGAGGUGUCCCAACCUCAGAGCAGGAAGUCCUUUACAAAGCAUUCAGUCUCUUCCUGUCCUGUGUCCUGGGAUGAGCCCAGGUCAGGGUGGAGUUAGAUGUCAGUGGCCCAUGAGGCCACCUACUUUGGCUCUACACUCCCUUGUUGAUGGCCAAAUGGUAGGACGGGCAGGGCCCAGCAGCCAGUGGGCUCCUCCACCUGUUCCCUGUGUCUGCUGACCUGGCAGCCUGCUGAGGAGUCUGCGCAGCACUCAUAAGGCAGAGCCUGGAAAGUGGCUCCUCUGGCUGACUCCUUUCCAGUGCUUCACCCUGAAUCCCAGUGGCCUCUCUCAGCCCUGUGGUCACAACACUUAACCUGUUCACCAAGUUCUCACAGCAAUAAAACUUCCCAUAUCUGCAGCCAAGCACAGGCCAGAGGUUGCAUGGCAGGGCAGUGUGAGGUCGGCCAUGCCCGUAGUGCUGAUGUUGGCUCUGCAAGGUUGGCUCAAGGUGUGUCUGGAUAUUGAGCAGGCCCAUCAGGGCAUCGUCACAUGCAGCAGGUGCUGCAGCCUUUGACAUCUGCUGGACAGGGGCCUGGAAAUCUCUUAUGUGCCCCACCUCCCACCCAUUUCACUGUGUGUACGCAAAAUGCACAUUAAACUCUAAUACUCCAA